AUGGCGAAGCGCGCCUUCGCCCUGGAUCCUCUCACGAAUCUGGACAGGAUCCUCUCCAGGCCCAAAUCGCCCACGACGUAUGGAUUUCUGCUGCAGCUGUGCGGCGACGCGCGCGCGAUCAAUCAGGGCAGGGCAAUCCACCGGUAUUUGGCGGGAUCAGGUCUGAUCGAUCGCGAGGUUUUCGUGGCGAAUCAUCUGGUGAGCAUGUAUGGAAGGUGUGGCUGCGUUGAUGAUGCCCGCGCGGUGUUUGGCUCGAUGCGCAAGAGGAAUGUGGUGUCGUGGACGGCGAUCAUCGCGGCAUUUGCCUCGCGCGGGCGAUCUCGCGAGGCGCUGGAGUACUUUUCGGCGAUGCAGCUUGAUGGGGUGGCUCCAAACAAGGUGACUUUCGUGACUGUUCUUGAUGCUUGCUGUGAGAGCACCGUGAGAUUGGUGGACGGCUGCGUGGUCGAAUGUGGCCUGGGAUGUGAUCCAGUCGUGGGGACUGCUCUUGUGUGCUCGUAUGGAAGAUGGCAGUGCUUUGGCGAUGCAAGGAGGGUGUUUUCCAGAGUUUCUGAGGCUGAUCUCAUUCUUUGGAAUUCUGUGCUUGCAGCGCACGCCGGGGAUCCGAGAGGGAUGUUCCUCCAAUUCACGAGAAUGCUGCUCGAUGGCAUUGGACCGGACUGUGUGACGUUCUCUACAGUCGUGAGCUCGUGCUCCAGCAGUAGAGAUCUCGCUCGAGGUAAACUUUUUCAUGGCUUAGUAGUGGAGAGUGGUAACGAGUCUGAUCUUUUCGUUGGAAACGCUCUUGUGGAGAUGUAUAGGAAGUGUGGAAGCAUCGAGGGCGCGAGGGAGAUGUUCUUUCGGAUGGAGAGGAGAGACGUUAUCACCUGGAACUCGCUGCUCGCCGCGUGUGUGGAGCAGUGCUGCCAUGAAGAAGCUCUCCAGCUCUUCCGACAGAUGCAAACUGAGAAGAGAGUUUUCCCGGACAAGAUCACCUUCUCGUGUGUUCUCAACGCCUGUGCCGUGCUGAUGGACUUAAGUCAAGGCCGAAAAGUUCACGAGUGCUUGGGCGAGCUUGGCAUGGACGUGAACGACACCGGCAUUGGCACUGCGCUCGUCAACAUGUAUGGGAGGUGCAAAAGUCUGGACGAGGCCAGGGAAACUUUCGACCAGAUCGAGCGGAAAGACGUGGCAACGUGGACAGUGAUGAUCACAGCACUCGCGGAAGCCGAAGACUUUGGUGGCUGCUUGAUACUGUUCCAGGAGAUGCUGCUCCAAGGCAUGCUUCCCAACAAGGUGACGUUCCUGGCGCUGCUAAGCGGAUGUGGAAGUCUGGCUUCGCUGGAAGAAGCCAAGCUUGUUCACUCUUACGCCGCUGCUGCUGGCUUGGAAUCCGAUGCUGCAGUGAGCAACACGAUCGUCAGUCUCUACGGCAAGUGUGGAAGCAUCCAAGACGCAGAGCUCGUGUUUGACAAGCUGGGCAGAAACAGGGACAUAGUUUCCUGGAACGCUAUGAUGGAUGCUUACGCGGAGAACGAGCAGGAAACCGGUGCCUCGAAGCUCUACCGAGUGAUGCUACUCGAAGGCAUGGCUCCCGACACAUUCACCUUCGCCAGCAGCUUAAACUCCUGCGACAGCAGCUCGAUAUUUGGAAGAGAAGUCCACGGGCACGUACUGGAAGCCGGAGUGGAGAAGAACUCCGUCGUAGAGAACGCCCUGGUGAGCAUGUACGUCAAGUGCGGGAGCUUGCAAGAGGCACGGAAGAUCUUCGACGGCAUGGAGCACAGGAACGUGAUAACUUGGACAGCGAUGGUGGCUGCAUUCGCCGAGCUGGGAAAAUGCAAAGAAACACUGGUCCUCUUCCAGAAGAUGCAAGCUGAGGGUGUCAAGCCAAACAAAGUUACUCUCUCGGCGAUCGUCAACUGGUGCGCACAGCUCGGGAGUGACACAAAGAGCUCCAAGCUGGUCGAGAUGUGCGUGGAAGAAGCCGGGCUGGAGCUGGAACUCAUAGUAGCCAACGCGCUCCUCAACUUAUACGCCAAGUCUGCGAGGCUCCGGCAAGCUUUCCGCCUCUUCAACAGGAUGCCUCAGCGAGACUCCCUCUCGUGGAACCUGGUGAUCUCGUCUCACGCCCAGCACGGAUUCGCGAGCGAGUCAUUGCUGCUCUUCCAGAGGAUGAAGCAGGAAGGAAUGAAGCCGGACGGCGUCACCUUUCUCAACAUCAUCGCAGCCUGCGGCCACUGCGGCGAAGUGGAAGAAGGCUGCCGGCAUUUUGGCUGCUUGGAGAGAGAGUAUGGGAUCUCUCCCACGGCGGAGCAGCGAGGAUGCGUUGUGGAUCUCUUGGGGCGGGCAGGACGCAUCGUAGAGGCUCGGGAGUUCAUCGCGAAGAACGGUCUUCACUCGAGCGUCCCUGCGUGGAUGUCCGUCUUGGGUGCUUGCCGGGCUCUUGGAAAUGUGGAGGAAGGGAAAGCUGCGGCUGACAAGCUCGUCGACCUGGAUCCACAAAACUCUGCGUCGUACGUCAUGCUCUCGAAUCUCUACGCAAGAUAAUCGUUAUCACGGACUUGGGAGAACUUAGAUCAUCUCGUGAAAGUUGGAGCGUCCAUCAGCCCUGCGAUCAGGAAGAUGGCACUGUGUCAAUAACGAGAUUUUUGGUUUUCAGCCAAUGGAAACAGAAACAGAGCUAAUAAUGUCUAAUUAUGAAUA